CGUUCACAUUAUGCAUUCAGACGGCGAGAAGAUGAGACAUGGCAAUAAUAAACAAUCAUGGGGAGGAAUUUCACACAGUUUUCAGUCCAAAUGACUCCUUAGAGCUCUCUUGCAACCACGAUUAUGAGCAGGUGCAAACUCGCAUUUUUAAGAUAAUAGUAAUAGGUGAUUCAAAUGUGGGGAAGACCUGUUUGACUUACAGAUUCUGCGGGAGCACUUUCCUGAAAAACCCAGAAGCAACGAUCGGGGUCGAUUUCAGAGAGAGGACGCUGGAGCUCGAUGGGGAGAGAAUCAAGUUGCAGAUCUGGGACACAGCUGGUCAGGAGCGUUUCAGGAAGAGCAUGGUGGAGCACUACUACCGCAGCGUCCAUGCUGUCAUCUUUGUGUACGACGUGACAAGCCUCUCCUCCUUCGAGAGCAUCCCUGACUGGAUUGAAGAGUGCAGCCGACACUCUGUGGGGCCCUUGGUGCCACGCAUCAUAGUGGGCAACAAGUGUGACCUGAGGGACUGCCAGGAGGUCCCCAUGUCGUUUGCCCAAUGUCUUGCUGACAGGUACAACUUCCCACUGUUUGAGACUUCAGCCAAAGACCCUGCUGAAAAGGAACACAUUGAUGCUAUCUUUCUGACUUUAGCUUAUAGGCUGAAGAGCCACAAACCUCUGAGACUGAAGCAGCUGAAUGAGAGCAGUGCACAGCAUAUGUGGGACCAGAGAAAGCAGGAGGCAGCAACUUGUCAGUGCUGAGGUCACCCCUGUUCUGGAUGUGCAUGAAGGUCAUUACAGCUAUCAGGAACAGUCAUGCUUCCUAGGAAAACAGUGCUGAACAGAGCUUUUCUAACACUAAGACUAAAUUCUUGAAGGCCUGUGACUGAUACUUCUUAUGAUUUUACAUUUUCCCUGCCUGCUGUAUGACACAAAUAACGACAGUAUUGGGUAUAUAAAUCGUCACUAUAUUAAAUCCACAUCUCAGUGAAAUACAUGAGUGGAUAUAAAGGUAUGCCAAAUAUAUGCACCUCAAACUGCACCUAAAAUCACUUUGACUCGAAAAAUGCAAUGCGUUGUCUAGCAGCACUACAAUUUGCCUACAGAGUUCAAUGCAGACAAUGAAUUAUGGGAAAAAACAUUGAUUUCAUGAUGCGACCAAUCAGGAAAAUUGAAACUGUUGUUUGUUGCAUGUGUACAAUAAUGCAAACACUUUGAUGUGUAACAGUAUAAAGAUGCAAAUCAAUAAAAGUGGUUUUAUCAGAGCA